GGAUGUCUCACAAGAGACUGGUUCGGCUCAAGCCACCAGAUUGUGCAAGCAUAUGCAUGCACUCUAGGAUGGUACCCAUUUGCGUUCACCUCACACACACUCACCGCACCGUCCUCUGGCAUGACUGGAUCUGGUGAGCUGGUUUGCCCUGUUUUCAUGCAAUCCAGCGCUGUGCAGCCAAGUCAACCGUCACCGCGGCUUGACUGUCCCCAUGUGGUUGUUAGUCCAACAAGGUGCAACCUGAAGAACGGUCGACAAGCCACAAUAAGAAGCUCCUUGGCCUCCCCACCUGAAAUGAUCUGCCAAAACAUAAUUAAGGCGAUCAACACAUCCGUAGCAAACAUGGAAGACCUGUUGCUCGCUGCCGAGUUCGGUGGUCAGCUGACUGGGGUAGGGAGUUGGUAG